CGUGUACGGGGGUUCUGCUGGUUCUGUGUGACAGCAGUCGGGUCACCAACGCGCACAUCAGAGGCAUCUAAACUGAAGCCUUUCAGUGGUUUGGAGCUUUGCACUGUCUCCUCUGGGUGCUGCUCGUUCUCCCCACAGCCCUCAGUGCAGCAGGUCCACCCGAUCAGCCGCCAGGAUCUAAGAAUGCUCCACCAGCAGCUACAGGGUCUUCACGUUAACAUCAGCUGAAGCUAAAUCAUCACAGUGCUUGCUCUGCUCUUCGACUUAGAUGGAUUUAUAACAGCAGGAAAUGGCUUCCAUAAAGAGUGGCCUCCGUAUCCAGGGGGAUGAAAACCUUCAGUCCAUGCUGGUAGGGACAGUGAUGAGGAAAAUUAAGUCCCGUACUUGGAAAAAACAACGAUACUUCAAACUCCAGGAUGACUUCAUGACCAUCUGGUACAAGUCCAAGAAGGCUGGCAAUGCCCACUCUACCUAUGACAGUGCUGCUUACACCCGGCUGUUGUGUCCAGUUUCUGUCAGCGAUGUGGAGGUAGUGCGGGAGGGCCAUCAAAGUGAAGUCCUGCUCAGCAUCGCAGACGAAUUCCCUGCUAACCGAUGCUUCACGGUGGUAUUCCGCGGACGCCGGGGAAACCUGGACCUAGUGGCCGAGUCAGCUGAGGAGGCCGAGUCCUGGAUCAAAGGCAUUAGGAAGCUAAUUGAAAACCUGGAAAACAUGGGAGAAAGGGAAAAACUGGACCAAUGGAUACGGGACUGGUUCAAGAAGGCCGACAAGAACAACGAUGGCAGGAUGAACUUCAAGGAAGUGAGAGAUCUCUUGAGGAUGAUGAAUGUGGACAUGAAUGAACACCAUGCCCACCGUCUGUUCACUAUGGCGGAUAAAUCUCAGACUGGCGCCCUCGAAGGGGAUGAGUUUGUCUUGUUCUACAAGAUGUUGACACAGAGAGAAGAUAUUUUGAAAAUUUUCCAGGAGUACUCAUCUGAUGGUCAGAAGUUAUCCCAGAGCGACCUAGAGGACUUUCUGAGAGUGGAGCAGUUGGAAGGGGGUGAUAUCCAACACCGCGUUCAGGAGCUAAUUGACCGCUAUGAGCCCUCAGACACAGCAAAGCUGCUGAAGGCUAUGACGUUUGACGGUUUCUUGAUGUACCUCGGUUCGGCUGAGGGCUCUAUUUUCAGCCCACGGUGCAGGGACAUCUUCCAAGACAUGAGCCAGCCGCUGUGCCAUUACUUCAUCUCUUCUUCCCACAACACGUAUCUGAUGGAGGACCAGCUGAGGGGACAAAGCAGCGUGGAGGGAUACAUCAGGGCUCUUAAUCGAGGUUGUCGGUGCGUUGAAGUGGACUGUUGGGACGGUGCCAACGGAGAGCCCAUCGUCUAUCAUGGACAUACGUUUACCUCCAAGAUACUCUUCAAGGAUGUGGUCAAUGCAGUGGAAAAAUAUGCCUUCAAGGUAUCAGAAUACCCGGUCAUCCUGUCGAUGGAGAACCACUGCAGCAUCGACCAGCAGAGAGUCAUGGCCCAACACCUCAAGCACAUCCUUGGGGAUAAGUUGCUUAAAGGCAUGCUGGAUGGCCGGCCUCCGGUCCGGCUGCCUUCUCCUGAGGAACUUAAAGGAAAGAUUCUUCUGAAGGCAAAGAAAAUCGGAGGCUUAGAGGAUAGCUUCAAUGGGACCGGGGAAGACCCUCUGACAGGAGAGGUCAGUGAAGAAGACGAGGUGGCAGAGAUAGAUGAAGACAAUCUGCAUCGUGAGAGCAUCCGGCGACGAGUGAAGAGGUCCAAGCAGCAUUUGUCCAAGGAGCUGUCCGACUGUGUGGUCUACUGCAGGAGCGUGGCCUUCAGGAGCUUCAAACACGCCCGCCUCCACUACAGGUUCUACGAGGUGGCCUCCUUCACCGAGUCCAAGGCCCGCAAGCACCUACGGGAGAAUGUUGCACUGAACUUCCAGACAGCUGGAGAGGGGAUGGAUCUAAACGACGGCCUGUUCAGUCAGAACGGCCGCUGCGGCUAUGUCCUGAAGCCCAGCUUCAUGAGAGACAGCGACAGGAGGUUUGACCCCGACCUGCCUCAGAGACGCCAUGACUACCAACCCGUCGUCCUUACCAUCCAGGUGAUCAGUGGCCAGCAGCUGCCCAAAGUCAACAUCAAGGAGGACUCUAUAGUGGACCCUCUGGUCAGAGUGGAGAUCCAUGGAGUUGCGAUGGACCAGGCCAAACAGGAAACCAGAUAUAUCGAGAACAAUGGAUUCAACCCUCUGUGGAACGACACUCUGCGCUUCACCAUCCACACCCCUGAACUGGCUCUGGUCCGCUUCGUGGUGGAGGACUAUGACAAGACAUCGAAAAACGACUUUGUGGGACAGUUUACGGUGCCACUCAGCUGCAUGCAGCAAGGUUAUCGUCACAUUCACCUCUUGUCCAGAGAUGGAACCAAGAUUUCUCCCUCGUCUUUGUUUGUUCACGUCAGGAUCACGGAUCUGGAAUGACCAUCAAGAAUGUUCGGCAGAGAACAAUGAUCCACAUCUGAUCAAGUGAUGAGAGUCUAUCUGUGUUGACCUCCUAGAGCUUUAAACCUUCUUAUUUAUUGUUCACAUUCUUAUUUUAAGUGAAUGGAAACUAUGCCAAACGUGUAGAGAUUUUAGAAGCUGACCCAAAGAUAUCUGCUUGUGUGUGCGUGCAGGUUUUUGUAUUGACUGGAUGUCUAUGGUCAUCUCAGCUCCUCUGCUGUGUUCUGUGCUGCUGGAUAAUAGGCCAAUAGAAAGCUCUUGAUUACUGUUUUCAUCUGCUUUGAUCCUGGCUCCUGUUAUAGGAUGAGUCCUCAGUUCAUUUAAAGACAGAAACAUCAACAUACAAAUGCAUGAACAUGUAUGGUUUCAUUCAGAUCAUUGAGGCGUUCACAUUUGUUCUGUAUCAGCCUUAGACAUCAAUAUUUAUUAUGGAUGGAUGGAUAAUGAAUCGAUGGAUGGAUGA